AUUUCCUUCCAUUUGUCUCUUGCACACGAAAACCCUAGCCCUAACUCUCCGCAACCAUGCCCCCGAAAUUUGAUCCCUCGCAGGUCGUCGACGUUUUCGUACGAGUCACCGGUGGCGAGGUCGGAGCGGCGAGUUCGCUUGCCCCGAAGAUCGGCCCACUUGGUCUCUCCCCGAAGAAGAUCGGCGAAGACAUCGCCAAGGAGACCGCCAAGGACUGGAAGGGGCUCCGAGUCACCGUCAAGCUCACUGUCCAGAAUCGCCAGGCCAAGGUCUCCGUCGUACCCUCCGCCGCCGCUCUGGUCAUCAAAGCCCUGAAAGAGCCCGAGCGCGACCGCAAGAAGACUAAGAACAUCAAGCACACCGGCAACAUUUCUCUUGACGACGUAAUCGAGAUCGCGAAGAUCAUGCGGCCGAGAUCGAUGGCCAAGGAAUUGGCGGGCACGGUGAAGGAGAUCCUCGGAACUUGCGUUUCCGUCGGAUGUACGGUCGACGGGAAGGAUCCGAAGGACUUGCAACAGGAGAUCUCCGAUGGCGAGGUCGAAAUUCCUGAGGAUUGAGCUAACAAAAGUUGUUACCUCUAAGGUGAUUUUAAUUUGAAUCUCUCUUUUUAAAAAUGUUUUAAGGUUGAGAGUUUUGGCUAUAUCCGAAUGCAAUUUUGAUUGUUCAGUCGUAGUAGUUUCUGCAACUACAUGGUAUAUGGUUUGUUUGUUGAAUGUAAGCUUUUAUGGUCUUAUGC